UCUUUCAUUAUAAUUUAUACAGUAUACAGCAGUCGUGUACAUUAAUGAUGAAUGUGAUCAGUUCUCUACUGACAACGUCUUCAGUUUCCACUCCACUACUGAGUCCUGUUCAUUCCGUCAGUACUCCUCUCUUGUCAUCAUCACUGCACUCGCUGGAGGAGACCAGUUCUGAUUUCAACACUCACUUCUUAAUUGGAAGCACCUGCAAUGACGUACUCCUCAAAGCACAAUCAGCAGCUGUAAGACUAAGAGAUAUGCCAAUCACAUAUGAACAUUUGUCAGUCAUUAAAGAUUGUACAUUAAGUUUGUUGAGUGUUCCUUUUUUACUUCCGCCAUCUUUCUUUGUCUCUUAUCAGACCACCAAUAUACAGUUAGUAAUAACUCCAUCAUCAGAUACUAAUUCCACUAUUAAUAUUCCAAUUGAGGAGCAGUUCUCAGUCAAAGUUGAAGGCGUCAUUCAACAUGAUGGGCAAAGAAUUUAUCGGAGCCCCGUUAAUGUGCUGAUAAAAGUUGUUCCUCAAAUAAAGAAAUUAAUAGACGGAACACUUAAACAUCCUAGGCUACAAGAACUAGAGAAAAUAUCGCACAUUAAAAAUGAUUACUUUGUCGGCGAAUUUCUAAUAAAGUUUCCACAUUCGGGUCAAUAUGACGUAUCAAUUGAAAUCAAUUUAAUUGAUAACGAGGGGCAGACAUGGAAAACAGGACCAGAGCUUGAGGUAAACAUAUUGACUGAUACAGCAGACAAUUUAAAUAAAGCUACAGGUGGAGCUGGUAAUAGUGAAAAAGCUUUAAAGACUCCAAAAUGGUGACGGACAUUGACACUGAAAUAAUAAUAACUACUUCUUGUAAAAUACAACUACAGCAAUGCAUAGGAUUUUCCAUUUGAUGUAAGCUUUUCAUGAUUAUAAUGAUUAAUCUUUACAUCAAAAAAUUAUAUAAAAAUACAAAA